UGAAUUCUUCUCGAUAUUGUAAACAUUAAAAUAACGCAUUGUUUAGGGCGGGUGCUGUUGUGUUUAUUAUUUGUUUUUUUUUUUUUUAUAACAAAACUUUAUACUGCUUUAAUAACCGAUUUGAUUAAUUUCGUCUUUUACUAUGCGGAAAUUGGAAAAGAAUUUAUUACUUGCUUUGCUGGCGCUAUUUCUUUUUAAGACAGCUGAAAGUAUUAAAUGCUGGGAAUGUCGUUCAGACAAUGACCCUAAAUGUGCUGAUCCGUUCGACAAUAGCACUUUAGUGAUAACAGAUUGCAGUCUCGAACCGGAAUUGAAACAUUUGCCUGGAGUUAAGGCGUCCAUGUGCCGCAAAAUAAGGCAAAAGGUUCAUGGUGAAUGGCGUUAUUUUCGCAGUUGUGCCUAUAUGGGUGAGCCGGGAAUUGAAGGAGAUGAACGCUUCUGUUUAAUGCGUACUGGCAGUUAUAAUAUAUUCAUGGAAUACUGUACCUGUAACAGUAAGGAUGGAUGUAAUGGCGCUGGUAUUUUUACCAAUUAUCAUCUAACAAUUGUAACAUCCACUAUUGGAGGCGCGUUGGUGGCUUGGUUUUUGAGACUUUGAAUGCAAGAGCUGAAAAUUUAGUGCCUUUAAUUUAUUUCCAUAGAUUUAGAAUAGAAUUGCAUUUAAUUUGAAGUUUUAUACAUAUAUACAUACAUAUUUUUAUAAAGUGCUUAAGUGAAAAGUCUUUUUGCCGUCCAUCGUAUGUAUUUAAUUAUGUAGGAUAAGUGAGCAAAAUAUUUUAUAAUUUUGUUUUUCUUUUCUUUGCAUUUCUUUUAAUCA